UCAAUUACACAUUCUGCAUCACUGCUGUGGCAGCAGAUAAUUCAACAGAAGGUGGUGCUAUCUGCAUCUCACAAUAUACAAAGCCUGAUGUCAUAAUGAACCUCACAGCUGAUGAUAUUACAACAUCCUCUGUUUUACUAAACUGGACUAAACCAAACGGUCAAAGCUCCCGUUAUCGUGUUGAAUAUGAAAAUAAGAAUGUGACUACUGAGAACACUUCUAUCAAAAUAAGUGAUCUAAUUUCUGGAGCACAGUACACAUUCAAAGUGUUUGCAGUUUCAGCUGAUCAUGUGACCGAGGGGAGAUCCAUUCAGAUUUCACUGUACACCAAGCCAAAUGUGAUUGGGAAUGUCAUGGUGUCUGAAGUCACAACAUUAUCUGUGUUUCUGUCAUGGAAUGAACCAAUUGGAAAUAGAUCUUUCUUUAAACUUAAAUGGACUGACAAAACAAAUGAAAAAACAAAGGAAACUAGUAACACUUCCCAUCACAUCACUGAUCUGACUGCUGGAGUCAAUUACACAUUCUGCAUCACUGCUGUGGCAGCAGAUAAUUCAACAGAAGGUGGCGCUAUCUACAUCUCACAAUAUACAAAGCCUGAUGUCAUAAUGAACCUCACAGCAGAUAUUACACCAUCCUCUGUUUCACUAAACUGGACUAAACCAAACGGUCAAAGCUCCCAUUACCGUGUAGAAUAUGAAGACAAGAAUGUGACUACUGAGAACACUUCUAUCAAAAUAAAUGAUCUAAUUUCUGGAGCACAGUACACAUUCAAAGUGUUUGCAGUUUCAGCUGAUCAUGUGACCGAGGGGAGAUCCAUUCAGAUUUCACUGUACACCAAGCCUAAUGUGAUUGGGAAUGUCAUGGUGUCUGAAGUCACAACAUUAUCUGUGUUUCUGUCAUGGAAUGAACCAGUUGGAAAUAGAUCUUUCUUUAAAGUUAAAUGGACUGACAAAACAAAGGAAACUAGUAACACUUCCCAUAACAUCACUGAUCUGAUUCCUGGAGUCAAUUACACAUUCUGCAUCACUGCUGUGGCAGCAGAUAAUUCAACAGAAGGCGGCGCUAUCUGCAUCUCACAAUAUACAAAGCCAAAUGUGAUUGGGAAUCUCAUAGUGUCUGAAGUCACAACAUUAUCUGUGUUUCUGUCAUGGAAUGAACCGAUUGGAAAUAGAUCUUUCUUUAAAGUUAAAUGGACUGACAAAACAAAUGUAACUAGUAACACUUCCCAUAACAUCACUGAUCUGAUUCCUGGAGUCAAUUACACAUUCUACAUCACUGCUGUGGCAGCAGAUAAUUCAACAGAAGGCGGCGCUAUCUGCAUCUCACAAUAUACAAAGCCUGAUGUCAUAAUGAACCUCACAGCUGAUGAUAUUACAACAUCCUCUGUUUCACUAAACUGGACUAAACCAAUCAGUCAAAGCUCCCGUUACCGUGUAGAAUAUGAAGACAAGAAUGUGACUACUGAGAACACUUCUAUCCAAAUAAAUGAUCUAAUUUCUGGAGCACAGUACACAUUCAAAGUGUUUGCAGUUUCUGCUGAUCAUGUGACUGAGGGGAGAUCCAUUCAGAUUUCACUGUACACCAAGCCAAAUGUGAUUAGGAAUCUCAUAGUGUCUGAAGUCACAACAUUAUCUGUGUCUCUAUCAUGGAAUGAACCGAUUGGAAAUAGAUAUUUCUUUAAAGUUAAAUGGACUGACAAAACAAAGGAAACUAGUAACACUUCCCAUAACAUCACUGAUCUGACUGCUGGAGUCAGUUACACAUUCUGCAUCACUGCUGUGGCAGCAGAUCAUUCAACAGAAGGCGACAGUAUCUGCAUCUCACAAUAUACAAGUAUGUAAAAUUAUAAAAUUUCUGUUGCUUGAUACAUAGGCCAUAUCAUAAACCUGACGCAAUGCUGCGCCAGGCUCAACCAAGUGUUUUUCGGUAGUUUCAGCCUGACACAUGUA